AUGAGUAAUACCACAGUGCCCAAUGCCCCACAGGCCAACAGCGACUCCAUGGUGGGCUAUGUGUUGGGGCCUUUCUUCCUCAUCACCCUGGUCGGGGUGGUGGUGGCUGUGGUGAUGUACAUCCAGAAGAGAAAACGGGUGGACCGGCUGCGCCAUCACCUGCUCCCCAUGUACAGCUACGACCCUGCCGAGGAGCUGCACGAGGCCGAGCAGGAGCUGCUCUCAGACGUGGGGGACCCCAAGGUGGUCCACGGCUGGCAGAGUGGCUACCAGCAUAAGCGGGUGCCCUUGCUGGAUGUCAAGACGUGA